AUGGCCUGUGGCUCUUCUGUUCAGGUGUACCAUGAAGGUCUCCUCGCCUCCAUCUUGGAGACACUGCUUUUUCACUCGGCUGCGGCUCACGCUGCGGAUGCGCAGCUGCCGGACCUUGUGGAGUACUGCAACAGGAAGCUGCAGAAGUUGCUGCUGCGGUCUGCCAAAUCGGCAACAUCUACUGCUGCAGAUUUCGGGAGAAGAUCAGCGGCUUUGGAAGCAGCACCACUCGCUGCUGCGAAGAGAACACCUGAGGAUUUAUCCGAUCUCCAGGAACGACAGGAGUCAGAAGCUUCCUUCGCCGCUGAAAUGUGCGCGCUCACGUUGCUACGCUUCAUUUUUGACAACCGCAAAAGCCUUCAAAUGACAAUCAUGACCCUUAUGCUGGAUCAGUACGAUGUCCUCUUGACGCUUAUUGCUCUUUUGGAGCACCAGCCAUGGAGACGACAGACCUCCACGGGAGAGCAUGAAGUAUAUGAGGAACAGCAGGUCGCCACUGUUGUCUGUCUUAUUGCGGCUUCCGGUGUCGAUGAUGCUGAAGGGCAUCGAGGAGACGUAGACAAGCACCAAUGGGGAUCAUUUGCCGCCAGUUUGGCUGCUGCUGAUGCUGUUGCUGCAUUUUUCAGCUGGAAGACUGUUGAGCGAGGGGAUGUGCGGAUCAGCAAAGCAGAAGCGCAAGUAAGUCCUAGAGCUUUUGUUGCGCCUGAUGGUUUGUUGUGCUGCUUUGUGGCUGACGCCGCUGCCGAUGAAGCUGUGUGGCUGACUAUUUACGGACUUAUUAUGGAUCCGGAUUGCAGACAACGGUGCGUGGCCGGAGACAGGGGGGCCGCUGCUGCUGAUGCAGGUGUCACCAGUCAGCUUGCCGCUGCUUCUGGGGAGGGGCCUUUCUACGGUCAUCUGCGGUGGGGCGCACAGCAGAUAUCGACUGCACGCGUAUCACAGCUCGGGAAGAGCAGCCGCUGCAGAACCGUGUGUGAGUGCUACUGCUUGCAGCUUAGGAGGCACCUGAACGAAGUGCUAUACGACCAAAUUCCUCCACUCAGAGAUUUGCACCGAUAUUUAGAACAACCCGAAAUGCGAGAGCAUCUGCUGCAAGAGCACAGCCACGAGUGGGAGGCUCUAGCCGCCACAGCAAGAAGGCACCUUUGCAGCAACAGGACUGAAGAUCAGCAGCAGGCGCUACGUGGCAUAGCAGACGUAAUACAAGCAAAAAUAGAGAUGGUCAUCGCCAAGUGCAGGCGAUGCGGCCGCAAGGUAUGUCACACUUUGCCACGAAAUGACAGCGGCCAGCGAAAAGCAGCUUCUUCAUGCCUGUUUUAUUGGCCUCACAAAAAGCCAGCUGGUACCGCCUGCUCUCUGGUCAGUACUGGAUUGGAGCUGUGGGGGCAGGGAGGGUGUGGGGCUAGUGGCAGCCAAGCCCACCGGGAUAUGUGGCUGGCUGGCGUAGCUAAUUGUGCACUAAAAAGUUGUCCUAUUGCUACAUUGGGGGCGACUUAUGGUUAG